AUGACGCCCGAGAAGGUCCUGGAGGAUAGUCUUGCCAGUACAGCAGGGACAUCACUGAUGAUACCGGCCGUUGGACUCGCCCUUUUUUCCAUCGGAAUGGCUGGGAAUAUCUACGCGGAGCGUACUCUGUUCGCGCUCCGCCGGGAAGCAGCAGACAAACAAGCGCACCAGACCGACGACGCAAAAGACGCACCAGAAGAAAAGAAGUCAAACAAAUACCACAAAGUCUACACUAUCCCCCCAAAAUCCGGCCUCUUCGCCUCAAUCCUCUACCCGCACUACGUCUUUGAGUGGCUCGAAUGGACCGGCUUCACUCUCGUCGGCACAGCCGUCUUCCCUGCUCUCUCGCCGCCAUCUUUAAUCCCUGAUGCUCUUAGUACGGCCUUCACAAGCACGACUGGCGGCAUGCCAGGAAUGGGCAUGGGCAUGGGCAUGGGCGGCGCGUCGUCCGGCGUUGGAUUCGGGCCUAGAUCAACGCUGCGCCUUGCGCCCUGGCUUCUCCCUGCGGUUUGGGCGGCAGGGAAGAUGGGUGUGCCUGUGCUGCCGUUGCCGGCGAUGGUGUUUGUUGUCAAUGCGGUGACUAAUAUGUUGCCGCAUGCGCGGUGGGGAAGGAAGUGGUAUGUUGAGAGGUUUGGGGAGGGAGAGGAAGGUGUUGGUGGGAGGGGAGCGGUUGUGCCGUUUGUUUCUUGGUUGUAG